AUGGCGACAGAAAACGGAACAGUGGAGCUGGGAAUCCAGAGCCCAUCAACAGACGAGGCACCUAAACGUACAGCAGGUGAAGGACCUCUGGCUGCAGAGAAAGCGUCUGGUCCACCAGAUCCAAAGAAAGAGCCUGAUCCACCCACCCUGAAGAAAGACGACAAAGCUGCCGCCCUAAAGAAAGAGGAUGGUGCCCUGGCCCAACCCUCCACCGGCAGCGAGGGCCCCAAGGGAGAAGGCGACCUGGGUGGGGGCCCUGCGGAGGGCAGUGCUGGGCCGCCAGCAGCCCUGCCCCAGCAGACCGCGACAGCCGAGGCCAGCGUCAAGAAGCCCAAUGCCAAGCAGGAGGCCUCGGGCAGCCAGGGCCCCGGAGAGCCCAAGGUUCACAAGAAGGCAGUGGAGGGCCAAGCAGGGGCCAGGAGGGGCUCGCCCGCCUUUCUGCACAGCCCCAGCUGCCCCGCCAUUAUCUCUAGACCUGAGAAGCUGCCAGCUGAGAAACCUCUGAGUGAGGCAUCGGAGCUUAUCUUUGAAGGGGUGCCUGUGACCCCCAGCCCCACAGAUCCCGGGCCCGCCAAGGCAGCAGAAGGAGGGAAGAACAUCCUGGCAGACAGCCAGAAGGAAGCAGGAGAGAAGGCUCCAGGCCAGGCUGGCCAGGCUAAGGUGCAAGGGGACACCUCGAGGGGGAUCGAGUUCCAGGCUCUUCCCUCGGAGAAAUCGGAGGUGGGGCAGGCCCUCUGUCUCACAGCCAGGGAGGAGGACUGCUUCCAGAUUUUGGAUGAUUGUCCGCCACCCCCAGCCCCCUUUCCCCACCGCAUCGUGGAGCUGAGGCCCGGGAACGUCAGCAGUCAAUUCAGCAUGAACUCCAAGGAGGCACUGGGCGGUGGCAAGUUUGGAGCAGUCUGUACCUGCACAGAGAAAGCCACAGGCCUCAAGUUGGCAGCCAAGGUCAUCAAGAAACAGACACCCAAAGACAAGGAAAUGGUGAAGCUUGAGAUCGAGGUGAUGAACCAGCUGAACCACCGCAACCUGAUCCAGCUCUAUGCGGCCAUCGAGACCUCGCACGAGAUAGUCCUGUUCAUGGAGUACAUCGAGGGCGGCGAGCUCUUCGAGAGGAUUGUGGAUGAGGACUAUCAGCUGACUGAGGUGGACACCAUGGUGUUUGUCAGGCAGAUCUGUGACGGGAUCCUCUUCAUGCACAAGAUGUGGGUUCUGCACCUGGACCUCAAGCCAGAGAACAUCCUGUGCGUCAACACCACGGGCCAUUUGGUGAAGAUCAUUGACUUUGGCCUGGCACGGAGGUAUAAUCCCAAUGAGAAGCUGAAGGUGAAUUUUGGGACCCCAGAGUUUCUGUCACCUGAAGUGGUGAAUUAUGACCAAAUCUCCGAUAAGACAGACAUGUGGAGUAUGGGGGUCAUCACCUAUAUGCUGCUGAGCGGCCUCUCGCCCUUCCUGGGAGACGAUGACACGGAGACCCUGAACAACGUCCUCUGCGCUGACUGGAGCUUUGACGGCGAAACCUUUGAGGCUGUGUCUGACGAGGCCAAAGACUUCGUCUCCAGCCUCCUUGUCAAGGACCAGACGGCCCGGAUGAGCGCUGCCCAGUGCCUUGCCCACCCCUGGCUUAACAACCUGGCAGAGAAAGCCAAGCGCUGUAACCGACGCCUUAAGUCCCAGAUCUUGCUUAAGAAAUACCUCAUGAAGAGGCGCUGGAAGAAAAACUUCAUUGCUGUCAGUGCUGCAAACCGCUUCAAGAAGAUCAGCAGCUCGGGGGCACUCAUGGCUCUGGGGGUCUGAGCCCCAGGAGCUGCUGAGGCCUGGACGCAGCCGAACAGUGGCCGGGGCUGAGGCCACACAGCCCAGAAGGCCAGAGCAGACAGGCCAGAUCCCCAGGGUGGGCUGGCUAGGACAAGGCUGCGCCAGGCUGGGAGGCUCGGGGCUCCCCACGACCCCGCGCAGCGACUGCUUCCCCGACGUGAGCCGCCUCAGAUGUGGCCUGAAUCGAUCCUGCUAAUGCCUCCCCAGACAGGGCCCUGGCCCCGUGAGCCACAGCCCAGAUGCCACAGGCCCUGUUGUUCCCUCCCUGGCUCCCCCUCUUGGAAUUGCUGCCCUGGUGACCCCUGCUUGGCCUCACCUGGGGCAUCCCUGGGUUGGGCUUGCUCCUAGCUGGAACGGGAAGGCUGGGGGUCCCAGCAUGCGGGGCUUCUGCAGUUGUGGAUGGGAGGCCCUUGGUGGGGCAGGAAGGUAGCAAGGCCAAUUCCUGAGGCCCAGCUGCCAGGGGAGACAGAGCAGGCUUUGUGAAAGAGGACCUCCAUGCCCCCGCCCUCCUCCCCACUCCCAACAGAUAAGACCGAGUACACACCAUCUGGCCUGGGCCCGGCCCCCGCCCACCUUCCUGACAACCACCAACACACAGGAACUCUGUGUGAGAGAAGGACGCCCAGCCCAGGCCUGGCGGAGGGGGAGGGGAGAGGCCUGGGGGACAGGGAGACCACCCCCGAGCUUGCCUGAGGGCCAGGCGGGCCCAGCCCAGCCACUCGGGGCCCUCAGCCCCAGGGUCACCCAUGGCUUUGGAUGAUGGGGUCAGCAGGCCCAGGGGGAGUGGGAAAGCCAUCAGGCAGUCCCCCACCUGCUCUCAGCUUGUGCCUUGUAAAUAAAUGUACAGGUUG